AUGUCGCUCAUCGAUGUCAAUCUUCACGUCCUCGUCGGAAACGCGACCAACCCCGCGCUCUCACUUCUGUCCUACGAUUCGUCCUUCGCGGAUGUAAUUGGCAACAACACUACCGCCCAGUUGAUCGCCAAUUUAGACUGGCCGCCUUCCACGAGGCACAACACCCUUUACGUCUCGUCCAACUACGCUUCUCUCGCGGACAACAUCAACAUCACGGCUUUCUCGCUCAACGACUACUCCGUCAUCAGUACUCAAUUCGCGGGCCUCACGAUGGCCAACGGUGGUUCUUCGUACUACCCGCCAGGUGCCGACGAGCAUGCCACUCCACCUCAGCAGGUUUGGUGUGAUCAGGGCGACCUCGAGUCCUACGCCCAGCUCCUCGCCGUGGACGUUAACACGAACACGUCUGAGCCGCUGAUCAUUGGCUACAACGGGCGCAACCUUACCAGCGUGAACGAUGUGCGGCAGUACCCCGUGACGGGUGACCUGUGGUUCACGGACCCCGAGUACGGCCAUAUCCAGAACUUCCGCACGGAGCCUCAGCUCCCCCGCCAAGUCUACCGCUUUGAACCGUCGACGGGUGUUAUCCAAGUCGUCGUGGACGGCUUCCACGAGCCGAACGGUCUCGAGUUCUCACCGGACUACAAGACGCUUCGGACCGGCCCGGCCACCAUUUAUGCGUUCGACAUCAUUGACAACAAACGUCUCGGAGGAAAGCGCGUUGCCGACAGCGGAACUCCCGACGGAAUUCACACGGACACCGACGGCAACGUUUGGGUUGGUUGUGGCGACGGUGUUCACGUGUGGAACCCCGAGGGAACUCUGCUUGGCAAGAUCUUCAUUGGAGAGGCGUCGAGCAACUUUGCAUUCGCCCCGGGCAAGAUUUUAGUAUUCGCCGACUACAGACUUUGGGUCGUCGACGGUAUCAACGCGCUUGGGCGGGAGGUUUGCAAGGACUUUGGUAUCGACAGCGAUUCGAGGUGCCUCAAACACUAA